CUUUAAUAUGUUGACAUCUUUUCUACUGACAAGUGUAUUCUUAUUCGCUUAUUUGACAAGCAUUCAAGCGGCCGAAAAACCUUCAUGUACCAAUAAAAAAUACGAUUUUGCUAAGUCACAGUCCAUUGAAGAUUGGGUGUUGGUCAGUGGUUCAGAAAACCAUGGAUUCAGUUCGGAAGGCCUUGCUAUGAAACUAAUGCGUCCCAAAGGAAAAGUGAGCCGCAAGACAUAUACCGAGGAAGGCACCAACGAAAAACUUGCGUAUAACUCAGCUAUUGGUGAUGGUUUUACAUUUAAUGCAACCACCUGGAUGCAAUACGGAAAACUAUCUGCGACGAUCAAAUCUGCUGGUGUCCCUGGCGCUGUCACUGCAGUCAUUCUGUACGCCGAUAAUGGAGAUGAAAUUGAUUUUGAAUUUUUAGCCGGACCCAAUGAACAAGUGACUACAAAUUACUUUUACGGACCACAUAUUGUUUAUGGAGAAAAUGGCAAGACAACAAAUCCUCCAGGUGGUAAUGCCUAUGACGAUUUCUAUACCUACACAAUAGAAUGGUCUCCAGAGAAAAUUGUAUGGUCCAUCAAUGGUGAUCCCAUUCGAACACUAAACAAGAGUAGCACUAAAAAGAAUGCCAAGCACGGUAAUGUUCAUGAAUAUCCUACCAAUCCUGCGCGUGUCUCUAUUGGUCUUUGGGACGGUAGUAGUGCUGGAGGAACUGCAAGAUGGGCCCGCGGUCCUAUUGAUUGGAAUCAACAUCCUGAGCCUAUCACUGCAUAUGUGAAAGCAGUCGAAAUCGUCUGUGAUCCACAACAUAACACUAUCUCUAAAUAAUCUCUUCAUUACCUUUUCAUUAUUCUUAUUGUUUUUAGCUCAUUUAUACUUGUCGCUCUCAUAUAAAGCAUGAAUGUAUUAAUACACACAUAAACUCCUUUGACAAUCUCUCAAAAUAAACUUUUUCAAAAAAAGGGCAUACAAAGGAAUGUAUUUUCGGAGAAUUACUGCUAUAAAGUGUCAUCAUAAGAAUGAUGGGCUGUUUUCUUUUUCCCCUCUCA